AUGGGCUCGAUGAUGGAGAGCAGUGAGGCCCGGACACGAGAGGAUGAGCUUGACCUGGGCGCCGAGAACCAAUCAGAGAACCUUCCUCCGCAGCCCGACCGUGAUGCUCUCGAUCAUCCCAAGCCCUCUGCCGGGGCCUCCGACGCCGAACUGGACACGGUAGACGACGACGCGCCCGACCAAGCUUCGGAGAAGACGGUGGAACCGGGUGCUCAUCAGAGAGGACUGCGGAAAACACAAUAUGGCGAACUAACCGCGGCGCCGGGCAGUGUGGAUGAGACGGCUUCGACCCCCGACGACACCCCAUCCUUACAUGACUCUCUUCCAUCCUCCCAAAGCAGCAGUGCUCUGGCACUCCGAGGCUCUCCACGCGCCAGCCCAAGCCCGGCCCACCGUCCCUUCGACCUUCGCUUUCAGUCCCGCUUAUCCUCAUUGCCAUUGAGUGCGCCGGGAUCACCCUUCCUCGCCCACCUCCACUCCCGACACUCCUCCAUCGCAAGCCAGGUCUCUCCAAGCCCCGAAUUAGACACUGAGCCAGUCCAAGGGCCUUGGGAUGUCGUGCGAUGGACCAAGCUACGGAAAAUUACCGGACAGGCAUUCUCGGAAAUCGGAAAGCGCAAUUUUGGACGACCAACUUGCCUAGCCAUAUCUACAACCAUAGUGAUAGGAACGUCUAAAGGGAUUAUCCUUGUCUUUGACUAUCAGCAGAGUUUGAAGGCGAUCAUUGGCAACGGCACAAAAGCUGUGGAAUGCGGCGCGAUUACUUCGUUGGCUCUUUCUGCGGACCAUUCGACUGUCGCCGGAGGACAUGACACUGGGGAUAUCUUUACGUGGGAAAUCUCGCGGCCCGCGCGUCCCUUCCUCCACAUCCCUCCAAUUCCAGCGGACCAGGUCGAGAACCGCAUUUCCGACGGCCAUCUGUCGAGCGUAUCGGUCAUUCAUGUUGGGUUCCUCGGAACACGGCGCACUGCAAUUGUGUCGGCCGACAAACAGGGGAUGGCAUUUUCACACCUGGCCACGCGGGGCAUGGGAGCAGUAGCACGGACGGUGAAGACGACUCGGAUUCUGGGCCGAUAUCCCUCGAUUGCCCCUGAGGAAACCCGCCGGCGGAAACCCAGUUCGCGCACUGAUUCAUUGGGUCUUGUUGCUUUGCUGACGCCCUAUCUCCUGGUCAUCGUGUCCACCACCCCGGUCGCUCAAACCCAGCACAAAGCGUCGCGCCCAAAGGAAGUUGCCGCUCAUAGUGCCAUGACCGGGGCCCUGGCAUGGUUCCCGGCAAUACGACUGAAGGGCAAAGAUAGCCAAACAUCGAACACGAAGCUUGUCUACUGCUGGUCAAACGUGUUGACCAUUUUGGAAGUGACUGAAGCCGAAACAGAUGAACCCGUGGAUAAAGAUCGCCCUCCGAGCCUGGUCUUCAGAGCGCGGAGCAGGUGGAAGGCGGAUGAAGCCAUCGUGGCUGUCCAAUGGUUAAGCCGUUCCGUCCUCGCAAUCUUCACCAUCACGCAGCGACUUUUGAUUCUUGAGGAUUAUUCUAUGCAUGUCACAGACUCAAUUGACCUUGCCUACCGACAUGUCUAUCACACCGACUUCUUUUCAUCGCAGCUGCACAACCUGGUCGAGCAGCUGGAUGAAGAAGACACAUCGAUGCAUGGCGUGGUUGCGGACGCAUUUUAUAUGAGCUUUCGUGCCUACAAAGGGCGCUUGUUCCUGCUCGGUUACAACGAAGCCCUUGUCGGCAGUCUGUCAAACUGGGCUGACCGGCUGCUUGCACUCAUGGAAGCCGGUGAUUUCAUUGAAGCAAUUCGAUUGGCGACGUUGUACUACACAGGCGAUGGCGAGAAGCUCACUGUGGGUCUCCCCGAGGAGGAUGCUUUGCGACAGCCACUUGUCCAGGAGAAGCUUCUGGAAAUGAUCUCGGCAUCGCUCAAGUACGCCUUCGGUCGAAACGCUGAAGCAGACAAUGGGCGACUUGAAAAUCAGGAUCUCGAGCAACUUGCGGACGUAUCGAUCGCCGCUUGUAUCCACAUGGACGACAUCGACUUUCUUUGGGAGGAAGUUUUCAACUGGUAUGAGGAGCAAGAAUCCUCGGGGAUCUUCUUGGAUGCUCUCGAGCCCCGAAUUACCGAUGGGACCAUUCGAUCGCUGCCUCCGACUGCCGUCAAGGCCCUCAUCAACCAUUUCAUCACGACACACUCAGCUGGCCGUUUGGAGGAGAUAAUCUGCCUCCUCGACACGACAACCAUGGACAUUGACCAGGUCACCACGCUCUGCAAGCAGCAUAAUCUGUACGAUGCCUAUAUAUACGUCUGGAACCGCUGUCUUAUGGACUAUGUUGGGCCUCUGGAGGAGUUGAUCCAGUUUAUCCCGUCUUCCACUGAACCUCUCGUCAAUGGUGAUUAUGCCGUUGAAAUGAAAAGGCACACGAACGCGAUGAAGAUGUUUCCUUACCUAUCCUUCAUCCUUACAGGGCGCGUCUAUCCAACAGGAGACGCGAUGGAUGACGCCGAGGCACUACGGGCCAAAACGGUCUUGUACCAAUAUCUAUUUUCAGGCCGCCUGUCUGGCACCGGCGAUACCUCCGAGGGUGCAGACUCGUUUUCUCAGCUUCGGACGAUGCUCAAAUACGAUUCAUCCAGUUUCAUGAGUAUGCUCAACGAAGCUUUUGAGGACAGCUUCCUGAACGAAUCCGACGCUGAGGACGCUCCUUCUUCAGGCGUGUCGAUCAACCGACAAUAUCUCGUCAGCAUUUUGCUUCAAGUUAUGAAUACGGCGUUCUUCACUUCUUCUGAUACCAUCUACUUGGACAUGUUUGUUGCGCGCAAUCUUCCCAAAUACCCUCAGUAUAUUCUUCUUUCGGGCACGACCCUUCAUCAAGUGCUUGGGCGACUAUGCCACUAUCCGGACCCGGACAUGGUCGACGACUGUGAAUUGAGCGCGGAAUACUUGUUGUCAUUCUACCACCCACCUGACAUCCAGAGCAUGAUCCCGCUCUUCAGAGAGGCACGCUUCUUCCGAAUCUUGAAAUCGACCUACCGUUCUGAAAAGCAAUACCCUCAGUGGAUCUUGACAUACCUUGAAGACCCGCAUGACAGGGAGGCUAUCUUUACAAGUUUACAAGAUUGUCUUCGCGCGGGGUCCGGACUAGGUAAAAAACAGAGACGGGAUGUGGUGGACAUGGUGAAGAGCCAUGCCAAGGAAGUGGCUGCCAUCGACGUCAAGCGAACCGCUCAGACCAUGCAAGAUCUGGCUCCCGACACACACGAGACAUUCCUCCACAUACUGGAAGAGGACACCUACCAGCAAUAUCAGUAUCUACUGGUCCUUGUCGAGCCGCAGGCCCAAAUCAGCGUGGAAGGUCGGGCCCCGCCCCCAGUCGAAAACUGGAUGGUCGAACGCUACGUGCAGCUGCUAUGCAAGUACAAUCCGGCCCACGUCGCAGACUUUGUUGAUGGCCUGCGGGUCGGCGACAUCCACCUUGAAGAACUGCUGCCGGCUAUCGAGGAGAGCGGAGCUAUCGACGCCGCGAUUAUCCUUCUUGCACGACAAGGUCAAGUACGAGUGGCGUUGGACCGUCUCAUUACUCAUUUGGGCACACUCGAAUCCGGUUUGGUGGGAAUUCUCCAGAGCCUGGGUGACAGUCCCGACUCUGCCAGUACAGCCGAGGCGAUUGACGACCUUAUUGAGUCUCUCAACAAAUAUGCUGGAGUCGGAACCUGGCUCUGCCAGGGCCAGACAAAGGCCGCCAAAAAUUCGCGGACGGGUGGGACGAAUGGAAAACGCGGCGUGGCAGAUCAGGGUCUAGCGUUCGACGAGAACCUUUGGCUUGAUCUCAUUGAGGCAGUGGUUCGCAUCGCCAGCAAUGUAUUCGGGCUCCUGCGGGAUCAAACUGCUCAGGUCACCGAGUCUCUCGGAGGUGACACCGGCCGGUUGACAACCUCCUUCCGCAUGCUGGUACAGCAGGUCUUCACAGCCCUACUCUCCAGCACCGUCAAAGGCGGUGGUCCCUCGACCCCCGAGCGGACUGAUCUGUCCUUUCUUCGGAUCUUGCGUGCGUUUCUCACUCAGGCUGCGAGCUGGUCGCCGUCGCUACUGGAGCUGCGCGCGGUGCUGGCCUCCAUCUUCUCCGCGUACUCCUAUGAGACGUCCCUGCUGACUCUGGCCAACGGCAUGCUGGACCGGGACCUCUUCGUGCACGUGGACGAGGUCACCCGUCUGCGACAGCAAGGCUGGCGACCUCGCGGCCAGGUCUGCGAAAUCUGCCAUCAACGCAUCUGGGGUCCCAGCGUCGGGUCUGCACACUGGUCGGCAUGGGAAAAGAAACAGGGUGACGAAAGCAAACGUCGCAUUGCUAAGCGACUUGAGGACGGAUACGAUCCUGCCUUGGAACGGGGGAAAGGGAAAGCGGCCGCCUCCGUCGUAGGUUCUGAGCAGCCGUUGCAUCCGAUGCAUGCUUCAAACUCACCGUUGGCCGUUGACGGCACGGAGUACGGCACUUUGGCCAGAGAGAGCGCGGAGUCCGGGGUAGUGCUGCAGCCCGCCGUCGUAUUCUCUUGUCGGCACCUCUACCACCGGCAGUGUGUGCUGGAGGCCAUCAGUAGUUCGUCCGCGGGACGGGACCGGCAGCCACGAGUGUUUCGUCACGAGCGUGCCUUGUCCGAGUGGUCGGGAGUCGAGUUGUUCUGCCCCGCAUGUACAUAG